GCUGGCCUCCCCGGCCCCCGCCCUGCCCCCGGACCCGGACCCAGAGACACCCCCUGGCCUGGGCUGCCUACAGGAGGAGGAGUAUGUGAGCCAGCCCGACCCACCCACCCCACCACCACCAUGCAGAGAUGCGGAGACCCUCACAGAUGUGUGUAACACUGCCGACCUGCCGGAGGUGGAGAUCAUCAGCCUUCUGGAAGAGCAGCUGCCGGUCUACCGGUUACGUGCGGACACGGUCUACGGUUACGACCAUGACGACUGGCUGCACACUCCUCUACUGUCGCCGGACGCACGCAUCGACCUGACCACCGAACAGAUCGAGGAGACGCUCAAGUACUUCUUGCUAUGUGCCGACAGAGUGGGCCAAAUGACGAAGACCUACAAUGACAUCGACGCCGUCACACGUCUGCUGGAGGAGAAAGAGAGGGACCUAGAGUUGGCUGCUCGGAUCGGCCAGUCGCUGCUCAGGAAGAACCGAACGCUCACGGAGCAGAACGACUUCCUGGAGGAGCAAGUGGGACGAAUCACAGAGGAGGUGGCCCAGCUACAUCACGAGUUAAACCUGAAGGAUGAGCUGCUGCAGUUCUACACCCACACAGUUGACGAUGGGGAAGAGGAGUCCACCGUUAGCUCACCCAUCUGUUUCUCUCUGUCUCUCUCUAGGGUUAAGAGGAGCAAGCUGCUGGGGCUGUCUGGCUCUGGAGCCGACUCCAUGCAGAGGAAACUCCGAGAGCUGGAGGAGGAGAACCUGUCCCUCCGCACGGAGGCGUGUCACCUGAAGACGGAGACGGAGACCUACGAGGAGAAAGAACAGCAGCUGGUCAACGACUGCGUCAAGGAACUCAAACAGUCCAGUCUGCAGAUCAACACCAUAGCAGAGGAGCUGGCCCGCAAGACGGAGGACGCCAUGCGACAGCAGGAGGAGAUCACGCACCUGCUCUCUCAGAUUGUCGACCUGCAGAAGAAAGCCAAGUCGUAUGCCCUGGAGAAUGAGGAGCUCUCUCAGCACCUGGGAGCAGCUAAAGAUGCCCAGAGACAACUGACUGCUGAGCUGACAGAUCUGGAUGAUAAGUAUACAGAGUGUUUGGAGAUGCUCCAUGAGGCCCAGGAGGAGGUGAAGAACCUGAGGAACAGAAGCUAUCCUGCUGGAACACCACGCAGAUUCCAUCCUCUGGGGCUCUACCCUAUGGACUCCCUGGCUGCAGAGAUCGAGGGGACAAUGAGGAAGGAGAUGAGUUUGGAGGACCCUGAAUGCGAGGAGCAGAAGGAGCACCACAAGCGUGUGUUUGAGACGGUGAAGAACAUCAACCAGACGGUCCGACAACGUUCUCCAGUCCCGUCCAACGCCAACAUCCCGGGAUCCAAUCAGGCGUCGUCUCUCAGCUCCACCCACUCCAGUGGCAGGACCACACCCAGGGGCGAUGUCAGAGGGGAUGGCGUUGCCCUUGACAACCGACAGCAGAGCAUGCUCAUGGAGUCGGCUGCAGCCAAUCAGGACAGUGUGGAAGCCCGAGCUAAGAAAGCAGCCGGUGUCGAGGACCUGAGGUUGGCCUUACGUCGCCUGUCCCUGCGGCGACAGAAUAAUCUGAGCGAGAGACGUUUCUUCGAGGAGGAGAGGGGGAGAAGGAGAGGAGGAGGAGUGCCGCAGGACGGGAGCGGUGGGCACGGUGGUGGGAUGACCCCUUCGGAUAGCAUCAUGUCCCUGGGGACUUUACACCUGUGGGCCUCCCGACCAUACCUCCCAGACAAGUUACAGAUCGUUAAACCACUGGAAGGCUCAGCAACCCUCCACCACUGGCAGCAGCUGGCCCAACCCCACCUGGGAGUGAUCCUGGAUGCCCGACCCGGGGUGGUGCCGAAAGGCUUCAGGCCUCUGGAACUGGAACUGGAACAGGUUUAUCCCUGGGGAGGUUUCGAGGAGGAUGAACCAGGGGACCAGUACUUCCAGAGUCUUCCCACCUCCUCUGUGUCAUCAUCCGCCUCCCCUGCCCUGCACCCUCAGCCUGAGCCUCCUCCUCCCUCUCCUCCCCCCAGCCACCCCUCCUCCACCUCAACCCCCUCUCCCUCCCCUCACCUCAGCAACACUGACCCUGUGGCAGUGUACUACCCAGGUAAAUGUAUGGCCCAUACCAGCUCGACCUACACCUUCACCACCUGUCGUAUCCUUCACCCUACUGAUGAGCUGACCCGUGUCACACCCAGCGUUAACCCCGGCUUGUCCUCGUCCUCCUGCGUGAUGACGUCAUCCAUCCUGGCCACUCCCGCUGGCACGCCCUCCCACCCACCACGCAGGAUGAGCCUCCUACGACCCUCUGAGUCCUCCACCAACCUUAGGGACGCCACACGUACCACCAGCACCUCCCUGGGGUUAGUGCGCCUCCUACAGGAGAGAGGCAUCUCUGCAGCCAUGUACCAGCAUCCAACCCAGGGCUGGGAGAGGGCUGGGGGGUCAGGACUGGGGAGCGGAGGGGUAUUGUUGAGUACCUCCAUUGCCCCUAACCUCCAACCAGCCCCCCACCCUGUACCCCUUCGCCCCACCACUCCUCCCAACUCGCCCACAGGACACAACCCCCCGACCUCGGGCACAAACACCCCGGCAGGAUUUGACUUUAAAUCUCCCUCCUAUGAUAACUUCCUGGCCUCCAAGCCGGCACGCUCCAUUCUGAAGGACGUGGCGGGGACGUCGGGAGGCAGCCGGAGCCGAAGGCAGCAGAGAGGGAGAGACUGUGAAAGCCAGACAGAUGUUAGUGUCACGGUUCACAAUCUCAACCUAGUGGACAAGGUGAAACGCCUGGGUGUGGCCGGGGGUCCUCCAGGACAUGGGGGCGUAUCAGGGGGGCCAAGCCAGAUGCUGGGACCUUUAGGAGGACUGCGGAGGUCCGGGUCACCGUUUGGACCAGAUAGUAUGAGGAGGAACAGGAGUUAUCCAGCCAUGGUAGGGGCAAGUAUGGCUAUGAAGGGCCCAGGGCCCCAGGAGGAUUCAGAACUACUGCUGCCCCCUAACACACUGCCAAAACAGAAGAGCCUAAAGUAGAGGCUGGGACCCCUGACCCAUAUUAUAACCUGAACCAACGAGUAUCCCUGGGUUGAUUGAACUAAUGAUUUACUUUCCACUGUUUUUAUACACCUGCAAACUGCUGUUACACCUUGUCCAGCUACAGACAACUGGUCUACUGACACCUUGUCCAGCUACAGACACCUGGUCUACUGACACCUUGUCCAGCUACAGACACCUGGUCUACUGACACCUUGUCUACCUACUGACAACUUGUCCAGCUACUGACACUUGGUCUACUGACAGUGUGUCUCCCUACUGACAUCUUGUCUAAAUACUGACACCUUGUAUACCUACUGACACCUCGUCCAACUACAGACACCUGGUCUACUGACACCUUGUAUACCUACCGACACCUCGUCCAGCUACAGACUCAUGGUCUACUGACACCUUGUAUACCUACUGACUCCUCGUCCAGCUACUGACACCUGGUCUACUGACAGCGUGUCUCCCUACUAACAUCUUGUCUAAAUACUGACACCUUGUAUACCUACUGACACCUCGUCCAGCUACUGACACUUGGUCUACUGACAUCUUGUCUAAAUACUGACACCUCGUCAGGUCCUGACACACACCAACCAGUCACCUCUCUGCGCUGCUGUCUGUGUUUCUCCUUCCUGCUCCCAAACCAAACGGCUACCCCACUGUCUGCGUCUGACCAGCCACCGUGCCAGUACUGACACAGAUGGACAUAAUGGCUUCUCAUUACAGCUAGUAGAUCACCUCUCUAGUCUCCUCUAAAUAAAGAGCCUUUUCAUUUUUGUGCUUCUGGAACUUUAUAACUGGUAUGAUUGUUCCAUUAAGAGGUUGUACUGUAUUUAUUGUAACCAUAUUUGAAUAGGGUGACCUCCUUCGUGUAGACUAAGCCAAUGGGGUUCAGUCAUACUGAAUAGGUUACUGUACAUCAAUCUUGUCAUCGGAUGGUCAUGUCAGCUCGAUGUUUUACACACCAACACAAUUACAUAUUUAGAUCUAUUAAAAUGUAUCACCUCCUACUAUAGUCUAAACUUUUCACCUUAAGUAAUCAUUUAUUGUGAAAUAGUGUUGAAUUUGUAUUAUUUAACUGGUAACGGAUUUACACCAAAUUCAUGAAAUAGAUAAUCAACUUUUCAUGAC